AUGUCCGUUGCGACGAUGCUUCAACCUGCGUCCAGACAAUCUCGAGCAUCCUCCUCAUCCUCCUCCUCCUUCCAGCCCGUCGCACGACAAAACACCAUGUCGUCGCACGAUACUCGCUCGCUGCGGCAAUCCAAGCGGAUGUCGGUCACGGCUUUGUACCUGUCGAUGUCCGCCAAAGACAGGGAUUUGGAGAUUUCAGACGACUUGGCGCGAGCGCAGAAACACCUGCGGGAUCUCAAGUCAAGAAUCUCCUCGCAAUCGAAGAAGAACUUCGUGUUGGAAAAGGAUGUGCGAUACCUGGACUCGCGAAUCGCAUUGCUGAUUCAGAACCGAAUGGCGUUGGAAGAACAAAAUGAAGUCGCCAGCCACCUUGAUGAUACCGCAGACCCCCAGGAAGGAUUCUUCCCGAAUGAUGAUCGAACCCAGAAAUACGGAAAUUUGCUCUUCCUCCUGCAAUCCGAACCCCGCCAUAUCGCGCACUUAUGUCGACUCGUCUCCAUGGCCGAGAUUGACUCCCUCCUCCAGACUGUCAUGUUCACCAUUUACGGAAACCAGUACGAGAGCCGCGAAGAGCACCUCUUGCUCACCAUGUUCCAGUCCGUCCUGACCUACCAAUUCGAUAACACCCCGGAAUACUCCUCUUUGCUCCGCCAAAACACCCCCGUUUCUCGCAUGAUGACCACAUACACCCGCCGCGGACCCGGCCAGAGUUACUUAAAACAGGUUCUGGCCGACCAGAUCAACGCCCUCAUCGAGUUGCGCGACGUGGAUUUGGAGAUCAACCCAUUGAAGGUGUAUGAAAGCAUGAUCAAGCAGAUUGAGGAGGAGACGGGCUCCCUGCCAGACUACUUGGCCCGAUCUGUGACAGCCGAAGAUGCCGCUGACAACGCCCAAGUGCAGGCUAUCAUUGCCCCGCGCCUGAAGAUGCUGACAGACAUUGCCAAUGGAUUCAUCACCACUAUUAUCGACUCGGUGGAUGAGGCUCCCUACGGGAUUCGCUGGAUUUGCAAGCAGAUUCGAAGUCUCUCCCGUCGCAAGUACCCCGAUGCCCAGGACCAGACCAUCUGUACCCUGAUCGGCGGGUUCUUCUUCCUGCGCUUCAUCAACCCGGCGAUUGUCACCCCUCGCUCCUACAUGCUGAUCGAUGCCACUCCGACCGAUAAGCCCCGCCGUACCCUCACUCUGAUCGCGAAGAUGAUUCAAAACCUGGCCAACAAGCCGUCCUACGCCAAGGAGCCUUACAUGGCCAGUCUGCAACCCUUCAUCCAGCAGAACAAAGAGCGUGUCAACAAAUUCCUGCUUGACCUGUGUGAGGUGCAGGACUUCUACGAGAGCCUCGAAAUGGACAACUAUGUGGCGCUGUCCAAGCGCGACCUGGAGCUCCAAAUCACUCUCAACGAAAUGUACGUCAUGCACGGCCUUCUGGAGAAGCAUGCGACAGCCCUUGCCCAGGAUCAAUAUUCGCACCUGUCUGUCCUGCUUCAGGAAUUGGGUGGCGCACCUCCUCAGGUUCCCCGCAAGGAGAACCGCACCAUUACAGUCCCAUUGUUCAGCAAAUGGGAGACCGCCUUGGACGAUUUAACGGCCGCUCUCGAUAUCACCCAGGAAGAGGUGUUCUUUAUGGAGGCCAAGUCAACCUUUGUCCAAAUUCUGCGAUCGCUCCCACAAAACACGUCAGUCGCCCGUCGGCCUCUGCGCCUCGAUCGCAUCGCCGAGGCUGCGGCUACCCUGAAGAAUGAUGCCGUCAUGGUCCGAAAGGGUAUCCGAACUAUGGAGCUGCUGAGCCAGCUGCAAGAUAUGGGGGUGAUCGACCGCUCCGACGAGUUCAGUCUCCUCCGUGAUGAAGUGGAGCAGGAGUUGGUGCACCUGGGCUCUCUCAAGGAGAAAGUGUUGGAGGAGACGCGCAAGCUCGAGGAGGUCUUUGCCACGAUCCGCGACCACAACGCUUAUUUGGUCGGGCAGCUGGAGACUUACAAAUCAUACCUUCACAACGUGCGCAGCCAGUCCGAGGGCAAGACUCGUGGCGGCAAGACCCCCAAGAACCAAGAACUUGGCCCGUACAAGUUCACCCACCAACAGCUUGAGAAGGAAGGCGUCAUUCGACGCAGUAAUGUCCCGGAGAACCGACGAGCGAACAUCUAUUUCAUGUUCAAGAGUCCGCUCCCUGGAACCUUCGUCAUCAGUCUCCAUUACAAGGGACGAGCCCGUGGAUUGCUCGAACUUGAUCUCAAGCUCGAUGAUCUCUUGGAAAUGCAGAAGGACAACCUUGAAGACCUUGACCUGGAGUACGUCCAGUUCAACGUGACCAAGGUGCUUGCGCUCCUCAACAAACGAUUUGCACGAAAGAAGGGGUGGUAA